CUCGCCGGGCAGCUGGGGGAUUUCCUGAGCGGAAGCAGCGGAGGGGGUUUCCAGUGUGAUCAGCCCAGUCCUCCCUGUUGGAUCUGUAUCUAGAUCCCUGUGAUUUUUCUCUGACAAAGUGACAGAAUAAACGGAGGUCGGAGAUCCUCGAACCCAGACCAUGAGGAGUCCGCUGUGGCCCGGAGCCUCCACGGCAGCGUCAGCGGCACGUUGACGGUUUGAAUGCGCAGACCGAGACCGCCGAGCUGAAGAGCUGCUGAGCCGCCGAGCUGUGGCCUGCGGAGGAGAUUCAUGUCAUGUCAGCAGGGCGGAGUGCUGAUGGGAGGGAGGUGCAGAUUCCCCUCCCGCAGGUGAUGCCCUCCCUCAUCCAGCCCCUCUCAGCAGCCCCUGCCAUCGCAACGCCUUCCCACCGCCCAGCCAAUCCUUGGCCUCCGAGUGAGCCCGCCACGCAGCAAGGUGCUCCUGUAGGUUUCCAGCCUCUUCGUGGUGGAUUCAGAGAUCACUUUGUAGAAACUCCAGAAGCCAAAUACCUCUGUGAGGUCUGCAGUCUGGUCCUGUGUCAGCCCCGCCAGACCGAGUGUGGACACCGCUUCUGUCAGAGCUGCAUCAGCGACAUCCUCAGUCACCAGAACCCGGUGUGUCCAGCUGACAUGGGGCCUCUGUUCAAAGACAAGAUCUUUAGGGAUGUUUGCUGCCAUCGAGAGAUCAUGGCAUUGAAGGUUUACUGUCGUAGUAAAGCUAAUGGCUGUCAGGAGCAGAUGAGUCUGCAGCAGAUACCUGACCACCUGAACGUCUGCCCCUUCUUCGAGGUGCCGUGUCCGCUGGGAAAAUGUAAGGAGCGUAUGAUGAGGAAAGAGAUUCCCGACCACCUGGCCUGGAAGUGUAAACACAGAGAGACCACCUGCGAGUUCUGCACUAUCAAGAUGCCUCUGACUGACCUGCAGAAACACAAAGAGACUGUGUGUCCGGCAUUCCCAGUGUCCUGUCCCAACCACUGCUCCUUCUCCUCCCUGACCCGGAGCGAGCUGUCCAACCACCAACACGACUGUCCCAAAGCUCAGGUCAGCUGUCAGUUCCACCGAUAUGGCUGCUCCUUCAAGGGUUUGAAUCAGGACAUGAGACAACACGAUUCAUCCUAUGCAGCAGAACACCUGAGAUUGAUGGCCAAACGGAACUGUUCAUUAGAGACCAAGGUGGAGGAUGUCAAAGGGGAGCUGAUGGAGAGGUACAAGGUUCUUCCUGCUCUGAGCAGCCGAAUGUCUGAGCUGGAGCACCAGAACGACGAGCUGAGAGACAAGAAUCGACAGAUGGAGCAGAAACUGGCCACCAUGCAGAAACUGAUGAGCUCCCACUCAGAGAAGCUGCUGGAGUUGGAGCUGGAACUACGUUCUCUCCGUCUGAUAAGAGAUGAAAUGGAGAACCUCCGAGGAACGCUGGAAAACGUCAGGACAAGGCUCAGUGCUCUGGAACAAGGGGGACGCAGUGGAACCGGAUCAACUCACACUCUGGCAUCCCUGGAAGCUCAACUGAAACGGCACGAUGACAUGCUCAGUGUGCACGAGAUCCGAUUGGCUGACAUGGACCUGCGUUUCCAGGUGCUGGAGACAGCGAGCUACAAUGGGACUCUAAUCUGGAAGAUCCGGGAUUACAAGAGACGGAAACAGGACGCAGUGGCGGGGAAGACACUGUCCCUUUACUCACAGCCGUUUUACACCGGAUACUUUGGAUACAAGAUGUGUGCUCGAGUUUAUCUGAACGGCGACGGGAUGGGCAAGGGGACUCACCUGUCUCUGUUCUUUGUGGUGAUGAGGGGCGAGUAUGACGCCCUUCUGCCCUGGCCCUUUAAACAAAAGGUGACUCUGAUGCUGAUGGACCAGGGUCCCACCAGAAAACACCUGGGCGACGCCUUUAAACCCGACCCAAACAGCAGCAGCUUCAGGCGUCCUGCAGCAGAAAUGAACAUUGCCUCCGGCUGUCCUCUGUUUGUAUCUCAGAGCGUUCUGGAGAAUGGCAGCUACAUCAAGGACGACACCAUAUUCAUCAAGGUUACCGUGGAUACCUCUGACCUUCCUGACCCUUGACAUCGUAAUCUCGCUGGUCUGAGAUCAGUUCAUCAGUGCACGCCCAGCAGAAAAAAAGAUGAUGGGAAGGAUGAUGGAGGCUCGUGGAGCUGACAGUAACCCUGACAGGAGGGACAGAAGCAGCCAGAGUCAACCUUAAAGCACCUAAGAGGGGGGAGAACAUCCUCUUCAAAUUGUUUGGUGGACUGCAGAUGUGUGUCUGUGUGUCUGUGCGUGCGUGCGUGUGUGUGUGUGUGUGUGUGUGUGUGUGUGAAUGUGAAUGUGAAUGGAUCUGCAUUGUCAUGACAUUACAGUGGUGACGUUGCUGAGGGCCAACAUGACCACAGCCGUGAGGAUGCUGUUCAUUACUGAUGCUGUGCAUCAAACCUGACUUUGUGUCUUUUACUGAGGCAUGCUGGGAGAUCUGCCAAGGUCACAGAGGAGACUGUGAAUCCACUGAAAAUUCACCAGGAAUUCACCGGAAAAUCACUGAGAACCUGCAGAAAUCCACUUCACAUCAGAACAGAAGAGCAGAACCAGGCGGAAAAUCCAUAUGGACAAGCUUGGAGGAGCCUUGGAGACUCCACUUCCUGGUUUUUGUCAGGAUAACUAACGUUACACUAGCUUGUUGCGUUCACACACUAGGUUUUUUCCUAACAGCCUAACUGGUUUCUGACCAGUUCAAGUCAAACCACCUGGUUCCAAAUUGGUGACUCUGUAAGUCAUAUCUGACUGGUAAGGGCAAGUGUUGAUCCUCUUAAGUCUUGCUGAGGCUGUUUUCUAGGUGCAGGUUCAGGUAUUUUCAACAGAAUUUGGUCUCAGUGUUUAUUAAGGACUACCUGUACUUUUUGGGAGCAGAUUUUGGGUUUCAGCAUUGGUUCUAAACCGGUUUGGUGUAAAAUUUGAAGGAAAGAAAACACUGAGACAUGUUUGUGUUUAUCAGGAUCACACAGCAUCUUUCAGUAAAAGUUGAAGUUUGCGAUGUGGCUGAUGAGCUGGUGAUAGCAAACCAAAGUCUACCAGGGUCCACAGUCCACAGGACCUGACCUGAACCAAACCAGAACAUCCCCAAAUUCAAAGGAAUAAAACCAGUUGAAAGGGGCUGUGAUUCAGAAGGAAAAGGACAGAUAAACAGGUUGAGUCCCAGUCCCCAGAAUUCACCUGACUUUUCUGAUUCAUUUGCACAGUUUGAAUUUUGAAGUGUAAAAAUAAAGAAAACAAAGCGGU